UUUUCGCUCACAAAUAUUGAUUCGAACAGGGACGCUUGGAAAAAAAUGGAAGGGCUUAAUAGUUUGGAAGCAAAACAUCGCUAUGUGGAGGUUUUAUUGCGCGUUGCUGUUGAGGUUAAUUAGGGGGGGGGCGAGGGAGCCGUACUUUAUAUUCUUAUCAUGCCGCCAACACGAACAUCAUUUUAAAAACAAAUAGGCAUACCGGAAGCCGGCGAGUAAGUCACAGGCACAUCAAAUCAUUCAAGCCUUUGCCACGAUGCAGCCUUCAGGGGAUCAUACCGAUGACGAAGAUUCAGGCACGAGUGAUGAUGAUGAAACGAGUGUCGCUUCGGCAGAUGCAGAAGAGCAAGCAUAUUUACUAGAAAUUCAACAACAGGAUAAGAGCGGCCGACGAACAGCAACGCCCUCUCGUUCUUCGUCUACGAGCAUGUAUCGCUCACCAGUAUCGCCGACGUUAUCUCGAGCAUCAGCACAUUCUGCCGCCGCUGCACGCUACUACAACAGCAACAAUAACAACAGCAGUAGGGUCAUGCGAGGUACUAAUAAUAGUCGGGCACAAAUGCGUGCACCGUCUGCAGCAUCUUCUGUCACUGGCGGCGCAGGACGACGGAUAUCGCAAGCCUCUCCUUCGAUCACACCUAAUACCAAUAUCAACAACAAAAAACGUACAACUACGACCUCCAUUAAUAAUAACAAUAACAAUAAUAAUCGAUUGGGAGGCGGCAUGUUCGUCGAACAAGUCACUGAACCGUUUGAUCCGCACGUAAAUCCAUGGGCACAACAACCAUCGACUGUACGACAAUACAAAGUGGAUGAUGGACACAGUGAAACCAGUAGUAUGAAUAAUGAUCCUGCUCAUCAUCAUCACCAGCAACAACAACAUCCUCAUCAUCACCAUCAACAACAACGUCCUUCCAUUAUACAAUUACCAUCACCCGUGAUAUCCGCCACGUCGGCAAACGCUACCUUAUUAUCGUCACCAGCACAACCGCCACAACGUCAUUUGCAAUCGCCAUCCAGUGCAGCAUCAUCCAUGACAGCCACGGGACCGGCUCCAGUUGCACGUGUGGAGGGUGGUUUAGCGUCAUCGUCCUCUGUUGUAUCACAGUCCACGAACAAUAACAAUAACAACAACAACAAUAGUCUAUUGACAGAUCAGCAAUACACUUCGGUGGUCGCUCUAGGACCAGCAACGAAGCGGGCAUUGGAUACACUGCAGGCAGAAAUCAUUGCCCUGAAUGAUCGGAUUGAUGGAUUGCGACAGGAAUUGGUGGAGCGCGAUCGACAUAAAGUCAGUAGUGCGCAGGAUGGUGACGACGACGAUAGUAGUAGGAGUAACAACAGCAACAAGGAGAGUUGGGAUGGCUGGCGAUGGGUUGUCAAGGCAGCGGUAAAACAUGCAGCUAUGAACCUGCUGAUGGCCUCGCUCUUAUUUUUGGCACUGUAUCGGCAAAAGAGCCCAGUCGCAUACGUGAUUCUUGGUCAGAUAGCAAAGCAUUGGCGCCGUACCAAGCUUCGUUUGACCAUAAGUAAAAUUCUGGUUUAAUAAAUAGAUCUGGUAUAAAUGUCCAAUAUAAAUAACUUGUUG